UGCGAGCCGAUGGAAAGCCAAUGGCAUUCGUGUAUUGUGUCACGCGUCUUUUCUGCCCAAUAGCAGCGUAGAGAAGUGAUCUCAUGCUAGAUUGAUUCUCUCAGAGAGAAACGUUCACGUAGAGCCGAAUAUUGUCAGUGUUUUUACCUGUUUAAAGACAUAUUUUUUAUUUGUUAAUUUGCCUAUGCCACAACACAAACGUCGUCAUUCUGUAGUCAGCUUUUAAAGGGGAUGAAAAGGCUCAAGAGGAAGAAACAAAACGCAGGAGUUGGGGUGAAUGGGAAUGGAUCUCUCACAAGAGCACCAGAUUGUGGGAGGAAACAGAAGUUGGCUGAGAUCCAUCAGGCUUUGAUCAGUGAUCCAGUGGACAUUGAGACCCUGAGGAGAGCAGCAGCCGGUAAGGGAGGACUGCUCACUGAUGAACUGAGGAGGAAAGUCUGGCCCAAACUACUGAACAUCAAUGUGUACAAUCUACCACAUAAACCUGGUCGAGAUGUGAGGGAGAACCACAAGGACUACAACCAAGUAGUCCUGGAUGUCAGGAGGUCCAUGAAGCGAUUCCCUAAAGGUAUGCCAGCCACAGAGAGAGCCGUGCUUCAGGAACAGCUGAUUGACAUCAUACUGGAGGUUUUAAAACGCAACCCUCAGCUCUAUUACUACCAAGGCUACCAUGAUGUGGCUGUCUCUCUGCUGCUGGUAGUUGGGGAGCGGAUGGCCAUCGCCAUGCUGGACACACUGUCCAAUUACCACCUCAGGGAUUUCAUGGAUCCUACCAUGGACAGCACUAAACACAUUUUAAACUACCUGAUGCCCAUAUUGGAACAGGUUGAUACAGAACUACACGACUUCAUGAUCAGAGCGGAGGUGGGAACCAUCUUUGCACUGUCCUGGCUCAUCACAUGGUACGGCCAUGUACUGUCAGAGUUCAAACGCACCUUAAGACUCUACGACUUCUUCCUGGCCUCACACCCACUGAUGCCCAUCUACCUCGCCGCUACGAUUGUGUUGCACAGAGAGAAGGAGGUGAAGCAGACAGAGUGUGACAUGGCCAUGGUCCACCACCUCCUCUCCCACAUCCCCCAGGAUCUUCCAUAUGAACUUCUAAUUGGCCAGGCCCAGGACCUGUUCAACCAGUAUCCUCCAUCUCUACUCGCCAAGCGGGCAGCAUUGCAGUCUCGUAAGAGUCUGUCCAUCAGCACCUUCCAGGCGUUUCAGCUCUCCACCCUCCACCAGAGGCCCGACUCUGUUCUCCAACGCCUCACCAAGGCCCAGGGCUCCACCACCUCCAGACACGGCUUGGAAGCAGCUUUGCCCUGGGACCGAGGCCAGCUGUGGGGGAAGGGGAACAGGAUGGUAAAGAUGGCAGUGUGGGGGCUGUCUGCUACGCUUGGGGCGGCCGUGUUCGCUGUGGCUCAGACGGCUAUGGACUGGGGACCUGAGGUGUUACUACAACUGUUCUGAUGUGGCGGUGGGGAUUUAGACUGUUACAUAAACACACUGACACAUGAUGACAGCUGACACACAUCUGCUCUUCAGAUGGAUUAACAAUAAACAAACAUACAUACACAAACAAAGAUGUUGAAGACUUGAAUCCUCUCGUUGAAGUCUGUCCUGCUGAGAGGAAUCGUUGGAGAAAAGCAGGAAGAGGUCCGUUAUCUUGAUGCCAAACAGGUUGUUGCUACUCAACCACAAUGAACAUAUGUUAACCACUAGCCAGCCUCAGGAUGUGUGUGCAUGUGUGUGUGCAGGUAUAUGUGUGUUGUAUGUUUCUGAGCAAGUAUCCCAGACUUCAUACCACAUGUGAGCAUGGAUGCAUGAACGGAACAGGCAUACCGUUGCUUGACUUUUCAGAAACGACGCUUGGGUCCCUGGGCCAGAGCCUCUGUGUGAAGUGACUGUUUCUUUUUGAAAAGUCAAUCAAACAACCACAAAGAGACACAAAACGACCACAAAGAUGCAAAACCACCACAAAGAGACAGAAAAAGACUGCAAAGAGAUACAAAACCACCACGAGACACAAAAUCAACACAAAGACACGGAAAAUGACCAAAAAAAAAAAGAGAUGCAAAACAACCACAAAAAGACUGCACAGAGAUACAAAACCACCACCACAAGACACUAAAUGACCACAAAGAGACACAAAACAACUACAAAAGAGACACAAAAUGACCACAAAGAGACAUGAACAUUGUUUUGUGUCUCUUUCAGGCUGGGCUCUUGCUCUUAUGUGGGACGGUUGGGGGGCUUUUACUUGUUUGUGCCCAGGAGCCCAUUGACUCAUAUUCCACCCAUGCGUGUGAGAUACUAACACAUUUUGUUUUUUCAGGCUGUUGCUCACACGUCACCAUUGGUUUAACAUUUUGCAUGUGUUUCGGUGUGUUUCCUGUUAGCUGAUUAUUUUGCUGAUAACUCGUUUUCAGACUGCCAUGCUUGUUUCAUUUCUGUUGAUGGUGUUUUAAUGCGUUUGUUGGAUCAGCAGCCAUAUCUGAGAGCCAAAAGUGCCCGAAGCCAGCACGAUGACACAUGAACACAAAUUAUUAAAGACCGUUUUUUUUUUGUUUUUUUUUCCAGCUGAAAGCUUCCAGUUACGAGCAAAGAAGGAGAGCAGGAGAAAAAUGGGAAAGAUGGAGGGAGAGGUUUUGCCUGUGAGCCACUGGUUUUAAUUGCUUUACUCCAGGUGUCAGCGAGUUACAUUUACAGUAGAGUUUGGCACACAAAAAGCUGUUGCUGCCCCAAAAUGUGAACAUUACACAUGGUUAGCAUGCAGCACUCAAUGCCAGCAUGCAUUUUGCAGGAGGUAUUGAAAUACAUAGUUCUUUAAUAUGUUAUUUUUAUAUUUUCUGGAGCAGUUUUCUGGCUGCUGUGGCCCACCACUGCUGAAUGAAUAUUGGGAAGACACCAGUACUUUUACAUUCUUAAAAUAUUUAGUAGGUUUGUGCCAACAUCCACCCUGAACAGCUGUCAACAGAACUACAGUACAUGGACUCAGUUCUUCUUCAACAUCAUAUUUCUUUUCAGCAUUUUAUACUGUAGAUUCUCUUAAAAAUAGGAUUUUAGGACUACAAUUGGGGAACAUUUGGACUGAUUAUUUUAACAUGUGUCAUGGGAGAAAAAGUUGUUUUUAUUUUAUUUUUUAAGUGGAAGAAGUAAACAACCUGCAUCUUCUCAAAGGGCACCACACAUACUGUAUAUAUUAUUGGACCAAAGUGUUUAUUUGACUGUAAACGUAAUCACAGUUUCAUAACCUGAAAAGUGAAUAUUAAUAAUAUAGGCUAUUUCCACCUAUGGUACAUGUACAGAACACCAGGGGUUUCUCCAAACAGCAAUGCAUGCUCUGUUUUUUUGACUUAUAUUCAGAAACAUUUAUCAGCUUUUACUAGCAUGUGGCCAAGAUGCUGCAUCGGUUAACACAACUUCACUGGAGUAACACUCUCCUCCCUCCUCUUCCUCCGUCAUCAGAUUUAUAGUAAAUGUCUCGCUUUGCACAGCUGGAUGUUAAAUUUACUCUGUUGAUUUUAGUUGUUUGUAGCAUAUGAAUUCAACUUUGUUGUGUAGGAAAUUACAGUAAAUGUAUGUAGAGUUCAUAUUUCUAGCCUCAGUGCGAUCUGAGAAGUAUUGCAGAGCUGAGUAGUUAACAAUCCGAUCAAUCAAUCUAUCACUUCAUUAAGUAGUUAGUUUCAGGCAUUCUUCAGAAAAUACCAAUUGCUGUGAUUUUGAUUGGUGAUAAUCAGUCAUUUUAUUAGACAGUCAAUAAAUUAGUCAAUGGCCUGUAACUCAGGUAGUCUGGCCUGCAAGCCUGCUAGGAUUCAGACAUCUAGUUAGUCAGUAACCUGGCCUCUGCAUGUUACAGUUGAACAGCAUGUAAAACAUCACUUGUGCGUGUGUCCGUCCGAUGUGAUCAGAUCCAUUAAAUGUGUGUUUAUGCUUGUGUGUGUGUGUGUGUGAGAGAGAGAGAGGUGGAAAAUGUUUAUUCACAGGUCAGUUUCUUUCUUUUUUUUUUCCUUUUUAAAGCUAGGGUAGGUAAUGUAUUUCAGAAGCAUUUUCUGUUAUAUUUGGUGAAAUUCUCUUUAUAUCCCGACAGCAAUCAAUAUAUCAAAUACUCUGGGGAAAAAUUAAAAGAAUCCGGUAUCUGUGGCUGUUGCAGGCCUGCAAAAAGCCCUCCCUGCCUGUCCUACCUACCUGCACGCACUCUGCCCGUGCACUCAUUGCGCAUGAAAAUGUUUUUUUGUGGGAAUGGCUUUGGAGGAAGGCCUGAGGGGAGGGGGUGGGAUUUUUUUGAUUGGAUACUUUCAGAAUCUAGCUGUCUCUUGCUAGUUUCUCUAACAUUACCUACCUAGCUUUAACUUACUGGGCAUCUUCUGUGUUUUAUUUAUUUUUUGUUUUGGUGCUCUAUGUGCCUCAAUGUAAACUGUCAAGAGUCUAAUUAUGUAUGUUAAGAGCAACAAUCUGAUUGGCUAUUUAUUUAAUGGGUAAACAUUUAAUUGGAUUGUAUGAAUGUAUAUUUAAAAUGAAUAGCCUAAGUGGGACAGUGAAAAUGAUUGUUAUGCUUUGUAAUUAUCGGGUUUAUAUCUUUAAAAGUGAUCCAGUUAUUUUGCAUAUAAAAUACUGUAUCUGGUCAGUCAUUAUGAAUCAGACUAGAUGUUAAAGUAGUUUGAAAUUUGGGGAAAUACACUUAAUUGCUUUCUUGCCGAGAGCUGGAUGAGAACAUAGAUACCACUCUCAUGUCUGUACGCUAAACAAGAAGCUACCACCAGCAGCUGGUUAGCUUAGCUUAGCAUAAAGACUGCAAAAAGGGGGAAACGGCUAACCUGGCUCUCUCCAAAUGUAACAAAAUCCACCUACCAGCACCUCUGAAGUUCACUAAUUAACACAUUAUAAUUAUUUGUUUAAUCCAUAUAACAAACGAAAUGUAAAAACGACAAGUUGUAGUUUUAACGGGGGUUAUGUGCAGGACUAUUUGUUGGCUGGGCGCAGUUGCAGACUUUUUUUUUUUUUCUUUCCUUCAAUAAUGGCUAUUUUAACAUAGAUAAAACAGUAUAAUUAUUUACCAAAUGUAUUAUUUACAUUUGAAAGAGUUUUAGAAUAAUCAAAUGAUUAAAACUUCCAUGACAGGGGAGAAUACUGUUGUAACCAUUCCCCCCCCAAAAUACUCUUCAAUUUUUAAUUUGUUUUCCAGUCCAGAAAAGCGUAGGUGACCCUAGAUCAUUUUUGAAUCACAACUGUGCAAUUGGGCUCUAAAUAUUUUGGGAACCCGUUUUUCUUUGGGCCCUCUGCAGUCUACUCAGUGGUUAGACUGAAUAGGUUUAAACUGUGAUUUGUCAGUCCAUAGCAUGUUCAGCUGCUAUUUCGUGAUCCAAUUCCAAUAGUGCUAGCCCUAGACUAACUAUUUCUAUUUUGAAGUUUUAAGAAUAGCUUUGCUACACGCCUGUUAAUUCCAGCUUGUUGUAGGCAUUAUUGUGCACUUGACACUGAAACAGGAACCUGUUCCUCUUUAAAUCUGCACAGAUUUUAAUGCUAAGCUUCCAAUUUCUUUUACUGAUGACUGCUGAUUUCUUAUAUUCUUAUUUAAUUGUUGCUCAGAGGCAUCUUUGUCUCGUUCUGCCCUUUCAUUUGUCAGUCUGGUUGAACCAUUGUACAGCAUUUUGUUCUCCAUGUACAAAACCCUUCAUACAAAAUAACAUUUAUUGGUAAAGAGGACUUUCUACAACCUAAAAGCAUGAAAGACUAUUCAAAAAUAGAGUAUUCCUCUCAGCCCUCUGACUGUACUGAAUCAAGCUUUUGUGGCAGGCGACUCCAAACGUUUGAGCGGUAGUGCAACCCUCAGCAAAAAAGUUGGUAAGUGGUAAUUCUGUUACCACUGGCUGUUUUAAAGUUAUAGUAUGUAAUUGUGCAUCCAUGAUGCUUGGAUACAGGUGACCGAUAUGAAACUGUUUAGUGAAUUAAAAAAAAGAAGCAGUUGUUAUAUGUAAUCUUACACCUCAUUGUCUGUCUCAGACAUAAAUAUGCAGGGAAAAGCUCUUUGACCAGGGUCUAGGGUCUGUGGUCUUCAAACAAGUCAAGAUGCUACGGUGCAGUUGUAUUAUUAUUGCCAUGUAGACACACACACACAUACACACACCCUUAUACAGGCAGAGUGGUGAUGGUGCCAGAUCAUGAUGAGGAUUUAAUUCCUGCCCCUGGCUCUUGGCGUGCACAGACACUUUCUCCUUGUCUGUUUUUUUUCUUCUCACAUUCACACUCAAACACCUACACCAACACCUGCACUGGUCUCAGUCUGGCAGAGGCCUUAGAUUAAAUAUGAUUGAAGAAUGUUACUUGGUUUGAAUGAAGCCAACCAAGAAAGAAGAUGGAUGCUGGAGAUUGCAUGUUGAAGUUGACUCAAAAAAACUUUUGGUUUUUUUAAGGUUAAGGCCAUAAGUAAUGGAAAAACACUUUAAACUCUUCUAGAAGACAUAAACGUAUAAAAUAGAAGGUUCGUCAUUUAAUUUGACUGUUGUGCAGUGAUUUACUUUUAUUGAUUAGCUCUGAUGAUAGUUUAACUAUUUCACAUUGAAUCAAUGCUUUUUAGUUGCAUUUUAUUAUCUUUUUGUCUCACAAGAUAUGAGCUCACAUCUGCAAAGAUUUUGAGGCUAUUUUACACUCCACCUACUGUCCAUUCUGUUAGAUCUAUUUGCCAAAUAAACAAACACAAUCCCAUAGAUGAUUCAUUCCAAAAAGUUUUAGCAAUUUGACCAGAUCUGAUCAGUUUUUUAUGUUGAUUAUGAAACGACUGAUGCAUCUUUUGAAAUACAUAAAUUUGGAAACAAAUACUAAUUUUGCUGCUGUUGAAUGAAAAUAAAAUAAAAUUUAAAAAAACUCAAACCCAAAAUAAAAAAAUGGAAUAAUAAAUAAAAAAAAAUUUGAAAAAUAAAAUACACUUUAGGAGUUAUUUCAAUAACUGAUUGGAUGGUAAGUGGAUCAUUUGGUUUGAUUCAAAUUACCAAAAAGAAAAAAACACUCUUUCUGUAAGCCAAAAUGAGCUGGAUUUCAUGCCAAAUUAUGAAUUCACUGUGCUGUGACGAAGAGCCUGGAGUUGAACUCCCAGUGAGCUUGUGUUGAGCCUCUCAUGACAGCUCUGUCCUCCCCUCAGGUCUGAACAUUUCCCAAAAUACUUGAUAACACCAAAUGCGUUUACACAUAAUGAUGUAAGCCCUUAAUUUGUGUGUGUAUAUAUGAUUUCUGUGGGCAUUUUAAUGCAUGUUUCUCAUAUCAUGUUUACUAAACAUUUGGUACCAACUGUACUCUUGAACAUAUUAGGUUCUUUGCACCUUGUACUAUAGUUGUACCGAGACAUGUGUUUGACAUAGAGAUUAAGCUGUUUUUGUCUCUGAAGUAAAACAGUGAAUAAAUUAUGAAGAAAACA